UUCUUUGGAAAUAUUUAUCUUGCCGUUUGCAAAACCUUGUACUGAUUAUCUAAUUUUGUGAAAAACGUUUACGAGCAGAGAUAACUGCUAUAGUUUAUUAGAUAAACAACGACCUCUCUCCUCUAUCGGGGAUGUAACUCAGCGGUAGAGUGUCUGCUUCGCAUGCUGAAAGUCCUGGGUUCAAAUCCCAGCAUCUCCACCUCUCUUUUCGGCGCCGUGCAUCUCAUAGAAUCUUUUUUAUGUCUGAACUUCGGUGGCGCAAUGGCGACAUUCGCGCUGUCUGCUAUCCGCUCCUUUCAAAAUAGUAUCAGGAGUCAUAAGAUUGCGGGAGGCACGCUGCGUAAUUUCCCAAAUGGUUUCUCCAGCAGUGCAGAAGUAUCUACUCAGACUUCAAAUAACAACAAAGCUGAAUUAGAGCUCAGUGACACAUGUGUGAAGAGGCUUCAAGAAAUAGCUGCCGAUGGUAGUUUCUUGCGAGUCACUGUUGAAGGGGGAGGAUGCUCAGGAUUCCAGUACAAAUUUGAACUGGAUUCUACAACCAAAGACGAUGAUCGAGUGUUCACGAAAGAUGGAGCAAAGAUUGUUAUUGAUGAGACCUCUCUUGAAUAUGUGAAGGGUUCUGUGAUAGAUUUCCACACUGAGCUCAUCAGAUCUGCUUUUCGCAUUCUUAACAAUCCUAUGGCAGAACAAGGGUGUUCAUGCGGGGCAUCAUUUUCUAUAAAGGUUUGAUGCAUUGCACCAUCAAUAGGAACUAAAAAUUGAAUCCCCUAAAUUAUUAAAUACUGUAUCUAGAACAUUAGUUAUAAGGGCUGUGAAAUAAAUUAUCAUUAUUUAUGUCCUA